AUGCUUUUCCUCAGACCCGUUUCUGUGCUUCUCUUCCUCGUCUCUUUCAUUCCCUUUCCCACAAAUGCAAUCCGAUCGUUUCCCGACGCACAAACACAAAUGGGUCUGCGAUUCUCAGAGGCGCCUGAAUACACAAACGGAUUGAGCUGCCCUGUUCUGGGUCUGAAUUUGAAGAGCUUGGCAUUGGCUUGCGAUCCCUCGCUUGUUCACGUCGCGAUGACCAUUGAUUCAGAGUACUUGAGAGGCACCAUGGCUGCAGUUCACUCUGUUCUCAAGCACGCUUCUUGCCCAGAAAACACCUUCUUCCACUUCAUCGCCUCAGAUUCAAGUUUGGUCAAUUUACAGGACCUCACUCGCAUUGUCCAAUCCACCUUCCCUUCCCUGAGUUUCAGAGUUUAUGUUUUCAGGGAAAGACUCGUCAACAAUCUGAUUUCGUCUUCGAUUCGAAAAGCUCUCGACAACCCAUUGAACUACGCGAGAAGCUACUUAGCUGACUUGCUCGACCCCUGUGUGGAGAGAGUGAUUUAUCUCGACUCUGAUGUCAUAGCUGUGGAUGAUGUACACAAGCUAUGGAAGAUUUCUUUAUCUGGGUCGAGGGUGAUUGGUGCUCCAGAGUAUUGCCAUGCAAAUUUCACCAAGUAUUUUUCUGAUGGGUUUUGGAAAGACUCUGAGCUCUCUAAAGUUUUUGAAGGGAAAAAGCCUUGUUAUUUCAAUACAGGUGUUAUGGUGAUGGAUUUGGUGAGGUGGAGAGAGGGUGAGUAUACGAAAAAGAUUGAGAAUUGGAUGGAGAUUCAGAAGGAGAGGAGGAUUUAUGAGCUGGGUUCUCUUCCACCAUUUUUACUGGUUUUUGGUGGAGAUGUUGAGGCCAUCCACCAUAGAUGGAACCAGCAUGGGCUUGGGGGAGGGAAGCCAUGGUCGAGGCUGGAUUUGGGAAUGCCUUGUCCAGUUGAUCUUCUGUGGGAGCCUUAUGAUCUCUACAAACACCAUCACCAUCAUCUUCACGAUCAGCAUCAUCUUCAACAUCACCACCACCUCCAAACACAACAAUUUUCAAUGUUGUAG